AUUAGGGGCUUAUUUGACCCUCACUAAAAUAACACAGAAGCAGACAUUCAAGUAUUUGUUGUUGCAGAGGAGACCUGCAACAAAGAAAAAGAAAAAGAAAAAGAAAAAGCAAACCAAAACCCAUUCCUUAGAUUCUUCUUCUUCUCACAUUCUCUCACUCUGCCUUGGACUUGGAGCAGAUUUCUGUAAUAUCAGCAAAUUUAAGGUGGAUCAAUGACAAAGAUAAGUCCUCAAGUUAUUCUACCUGUCUCAGCUGAUGUCAGCUUUGCUUGCAAUCAGUUCCCAAAAUAUAAGUUGGGACCUGAUAAUCAGAUUGUGGAACAGCCAAUUGAGGAAACUAAAGGUCCUUCCUUAAAACAAGUUGUUGAACAAGAAACUCUGCAAUUGUCUGAUCAGCAAAAACGCCUCUCCGUUCGCGAUCUUGCUACUAAAUUUGACAACAACUUGGCUACUGCUGCCAAGAUGACCCAGCAGACGAAACUUAGAGAGGUGGCUUCUUUGGAAGGACAUGUUCUUUUGAAGAAGCUUAGAGAUGCUUUGGAAUCUUUAAGAGGACGUAUGGCAGGCCGAAACAAGGAGGAUGUAGAGAAAGCUAUCUCCAUGGUGGAGGCACUUGCAGUUAAAUUAACGCAAAAAGAAGGAGAAUUAAUCCAAGAGAAGUUCGAAGUGAAAAAACUUGUUAACUUUCUUAAACAGGCUUCUGAGGAUGCUAAAAAAUUGGUUAACCAAGAAAAAUCUUUUGCUUGUGCUGAAAUUGAAAGUGCCAGGGCAGUCGUGCAGAGAUUUGGAGAGGCCCUAGAUGAAGAAGAAAGGAAUGCUCAGAAUUCGAAAAAUCAGUCUCCGGAUGUGGAUGAACUAAUUGAGGAAGUGCAAGAAGCUAGAAGAAUUAAAUUGUUGCAUCAACCAAGCAAGGUGAUGGGCAUGGAGCUUGAACUUCGUGCACUAAAAUUGCAGAUUCGUGAAAAAUCUAUUUUUUCAGUUAAACUUCAGAAUGAGCUGGCAAUGAGCAAGAGAGCUGAGCAAAAUAAAUCCUCUCCGUAUGUCCUAGAUGGUUCUGAAACUCUAGGUUCAUGUCUUCAACUCCGACCUCGAUCGGAUGGUAAUCCAAUUUCACUGUGUUCAAUUCAAUGGUACCGUGUAUCAUCAGAUGGGAACCAAAAAGAAGCUAUUUCAGGUGCCAAUGAAUCGUAUUAUGCUCCUGAGCCCUUUGAUGUUGGACGAGUGCUGCAAGCAGACAUCAUUUCAAAUGGUCAAAGGGCCUCGGUGACAACUACUGCUCCCAUUGAAACUGCCGCAGGAUUGCGAAGCUAUGUAGAGACGCUUCUACGAAAAUCUAGUGCUGAAUUUAGUGUAGUAAUUUCCCAGGUGAAUGGACAAAAUCAUCCAUCAAAUUCUGUUCAUGUAUUCAAUGUUGGGAAAAUGAGAGUAAAACUUUGUAGAGGGUGGAUUACAAAGGCGAGAGAAAUUUAUUCGACGUUAAUGCAGUUAUGUGGAGUGCGAAAUAACUGCAAUGCUGCAGCAAAGUCAUUGUUUUGGCAACCAAGGAAGGGCCUUUCUUAUGUAUUGAAAUUUGAAUCAGAGCGGGAAAGGAAUGCAGCCAUAAUGAUUGCCAGGAAAUAUGCUUAUGAUUGCAAUGUCAUACUAAUGGGAGCAGAAGAUGAAGUAUAGGAGUGUUUUAUUAGUUUAUUCAUAGUGUGUGUGUGUGUGUUUGCCAUAUUGUAUUUGGGUUGCAUAGUCUUAGGCAUUGUCUUUUUUUAUUUGCCUAGUCAGUCAUCUCUCCUAACAAUUCCUUCAUUUUGUGGCCAAAAUUAUCAGAUUUUGCCUUCAAUUUGGGCACUUGUGCAAAUUGUAACAACAUCUUUCAAACCUCAAUCUAAUUAGAAUUUUGUAA